GCUGAUCCUUCAUUCUGUUUUUUCUUUUCUCGGCCUCAAAAUCGAUGACGCUCCAUAUUGUCAAAGAGGGGACAGAUCUAUGUGAGUCGAGUUUGCAUCUUUUGUGUUUUACUAUUUGUUUGUGAAUUUCAAUUCCGAUCUUCCUCAUAUUUUUCCUUUCUUUUUGCAUUUGGUGUUCUUGAUUGUGGAGGAGUAAAUGAGAGGAUAUAGAAAACGAGUUUUUUUUUCCUUCUCUUCCUUCUUAUGUUUUCCCCUUCUUUGAGAAUAUAUAUUGAUAUUACCACACUAUACCAUAUGGUAAUGUGUGCUAACUAAAUGUAUUUUUACAGUCACGAGUUUUAUCAUGAUUGUAGUGGAUGGUAAUCGACACCAAUUCCGAGAAAGAAGAGUUAGAAGACAAUGAAGGGAGAGAAGAAAGUCGUAAUUGUAUAUAUAUAUAUUGAGAUUACCACACUAUACCAUAUGAUAAUGUGUGGCAACGAAAUUUAUUUUUAUGAAUAUCAUGUUUUUACUAUGGUUGUAGAGGGUUGUAAUUAGAUUUAUAUGGUUUUACCUUCUCAUACCAUGUGGUAUUAUAUGGUAAUUAUAAUUAAUUUUGUGGUCUUUCUAUUUACCAUGUUCUACUAUGGUGGUAUUGUAUGCUAGUUAGAUUUAUAAUUUUCUGUAGCGUGGUUUACCAAGUUAUACCAUGUGGUGGUAGUUUGAUUUAUAAUUUUAUUUUAGCAUGUUAUACCAUAUGGUAUGGUAUGAUACUUAGAUUUGUAAAAUUUCUGUAGCAUGUUUUACCACGUUAUACCAUGUGGUAUUGUAUGGUAGUUAGAUUUGUAAUUUUCUUCAACAUAUUUUACCACGUUUUACCAUGUGGUAUUGUAUGGUAGUUAGAUUUGUAAUCUUCUUCAACAUAUUUUACCAUGUUUUACCAUGAUAGUAGAAAGUUAUAAUCAUAUUUAUACUUGUUACUUGUGUCUUUAGCACUGAAUUAUUUAAAGAAAAAAUCAUCAUUCAAUUUGAGUUGGAAUUAGAAUAGAGAUUGCUAGGAUGGUUAGAUUCAUUUUCGUUGUAGAUGGGAGAGAGAAGAAAUAGUGUAUUUUUUUAAAUAAUAAAAUAAAACAAAGAGUGAGAGAGAGGCGAACCAGUGGGGGAAGUGGGAUCCACGUCUGGUCAAAAAGUCAGUGUCAGCGCGUCAGCGUCAACAUUAAAUCGGGGGUGCAAUUUACCUUAGUGCCCCCUCCGUGUUUAAUUUAUAUAAAAGAAAAAGGCUGACACAUGGGGACAUCUGAUUAAGUUACUAACAGUUACUGAUAGGAAGAAUACUUACCUGAUCUGGUCCUACGUUCAGGACUUGUUUCAAGGCAUCAUCACUUCGCCUUUUAAAAUUGUGUUUUUGAACGAACAUACACCAAUCCUUUAUGCUGAGGAUUAGGAUUGGGAAAUGGUACCGUCGGCCGUCGAUCAUACCAUAAAGUUAAGGGAAGAAAAGUCGUGUAUAAGGUAAUAAGUUAAAGGUGUGUUUUUAUAAUAAAAUUUAUUGGUUAUUGGCAAUGCAGUCAAAAUCGCGCUUUAAAACUUAAAAUCUUAUGGUUUUACGCUUCUAAGUCACUAAAACGCUUUCGUUUCCAUGUAAAAUCGUAAGUGCAUAAAAUCGGACUAAAUUGCAUUUUAAAGCUUAAAAGCUUACGCUUUUACGCUUCUAUUUCACCAAAACGCUUUACUCUUUUAGUUCACUAAAUGGAUAUUCUUUUCAUGAAAUUAAUCAUAAAAAGUAUAUUCUAAAGGUAAACACCAACAAUAUGAUAGAUUUUAUAUUAAAAGAUACAUAUUAGGUACUUGGAUGCAUUCUCAACUUCAGUAGAGUAAUAUAAUUCACUAGCUAGGCCUUUCCCAAAUUUAUUAAUAGAGACAGGAAGGUGACUUAUUGUUAAGAUCUUUGUUUAUGAACUUAUUGUUAAGAUACUAUGAGUUGCUCUACUUUAGACGUGAAUUACAAGUAUUUAUUAACUUAUCUAAAUUUUGUGUACUCAUAUUUUAACUAGUAUAUAUCGUACUCAACAGAUUUUUAGUUAUUUUCCAGUAUACGUCAAAAACUUACGCUUUUACGUUUUGAUUCUACGCUUUACGAUUUUACCCAUUUUCCGCUUUUAGGUAGAAUCGCGCUUUUAACUGCAUUGGUUACUGGCUUGACCUCAUGACAUCAUGCUUGACCUCCAUGGGAUGGAGUCAUUCUCGAUCCCCUGGUGGUUGGGUCUUAACACUUAGCCAAAAUUUGCCCCCACCAUCCCUCUCGACCGCCGAUCCCUCUCUUCCCUUCCUUCUGCCUUCUCUCCAGAAAUCAACAAUGGAAGAGGAAGAAGACCCAAUUUUGGUCUCUCUCCUCUCGUCUCUCCUUUCUAAUCCUCUCCCCCUCAACCGCCGUCGGCCACUCAAAUCUGGCCAGGACCCUAAUCGACCGUGAAAGCGGGUUGAUCUAGGUAAAUCUUUACAUGCAUGUUUGUUUCUCUUUCUAUUUUUUUUUUAAUUUUUGUUUCGGAUUAUACUAAUUUUCUGUUUUUGGUAUGUCUGGUUUCUGGAUUUUGGAUCGACGAGGGGGGAAGGAGAGGACUCGGCGUCGAUGAUUGCAGCAAGGGUAAGGGGUCGCCUCUAGGUUUGCAUGCGGAGUUUUCUUUGGUUUUCUAGUUCAAUGAGGGAUUCUGAUUUUUCCUGGGUUUCGAUUUGGUUUUGUGCGAGGGGAGAAGGAAUAGUGGGCGCUGCUGGCGCGAAGAUAGCGAGUGAAGUGACAGCGAGACCCUGAUUGCGACGGCCUUGCCGGCGGCGAAAGAAGGCUGACCACCGGACGAAGAGAAAAGAAAAAAAAAUCGAACAGGGUAACUAGUUUCUCUUGACUCGGUUUUAACCUUGCCCCCUGUUUUAUCGAUUAUGACAAUUACCUAGAUUGAUGCAGGUUAUGGGGAGGCCAGAUCUAGGUAAUAUUCCUUAAACCCAAUUAGCAAGGUCAAGGGAGAAUCAUAAAAAGAAAGAUAAUAUUAUAGAUUUUGGUUUAUUAGUAGAUCUGAAUUUAUGGAAAAGUGAUUUCAGUGGCUUAGACUGGUUAGUGUGCGGCUUUUGAAUCUGGAUUUGUUUGGAAAAUAUUUGAUGUCAGAUCUGUUGGGCUUGGGAAAAACUCAAAGCUUUAAUUUUUGGUAAAAAGGGUUUUAAAUUUGGUGGGAUUUGGGUUAAAGCUAAUCGAAACAAUAAAAAUAAUGAUUCGGUUAUUGCCUAAUCUAAGUAGUUAUGAAUGAAAAAAGAUUUUUGUGCACUGAAGGCAUUGAUGUCUUAUAAAUCGCCACCACUGCCUGCGAUUUUUAUCUUACUAUGGUUGAUAGUUGAUUUGUGAAGGUGAAGUUUAUUAUGCUAGAGAGAUUUUGGUUGGAUCUGAACCCAUGCUAAUUUAUAAGGUUUCAAAUGAAAAAGGUUUUUGGGUUUGGUUAUAGUAUGAUGGGCAUGGAAUUUCUAUGCAUUUAUGGAUAUAUGACACAAAUGGUAGUUCUAGAGGAAAAACGAUUAAUCACUGUGAUAACCACCAUAGGUAGAAAGAUAUUAAAUAAACUUAAGCAUAAUCUGAAUAUGUAGUGUCUAAUCAAUACUAGUAGAUGGAAGACAACAAUAACAAGCUUUCAUACAUAAACCGCUUGAAUGGAAAUGAGCAAACAUAUCAGCUAUUAUGGCAUAUUUACACUAAAGAUGUAAUUGGAAUGGAAGGAAUCCAAGUACGAAGCAACAUUUCAUUAUGUAAAGACUAGUAGUUGUGACGCUAACCUGGUGCAAUUCUUGCUCGAGUAUAGUCCACCUUGCUUCUGUAAUCUCCACUUCUCUCAAAGAGUAAAGAAAAAUGUGUGUAUCAGUCUCUACUUCUCUAGAAUUUUCCUUCUCCAAACCCCCCUCUAAAAUAUGAGCUGAAGAGCUCUUCUUAUAGCAAACAAAAUUGCCCAGUUGCCUCUCUUUCAUUGGCUGUUUGGAAGGCCCAUUCUGGAGCUUCCAUGUAUUAGGUCGGUUCUGACAUGUCAGGCCGAGUGUGGGCUGGGCCAAGUUUGGAUAAUGUUGGGCCGACUUGGGCCUGAGUUAUGGGUCGAUCUGGACUUCACCUGGGCCGGGUUUGAAUUUGGGUCUGGCUCUGGGCUCGAGUUGUGCAUCAGAUUUGGAAUUGGACUUUUACCCUUGGGCCUGAACUGGGUUCAAGAUUUCAAUUUGGGCUAAAACUAAUAUGUUCUCCUCUUUUUUAUUUUUGCAGGUACACAAUUUGUUUGAGCUUAAAGUAGGAGGACAAUGACUUCAAUUUGUUGAGCCUAAUCUGUUUGUAAUUAGUUUAUUGUAAUUAGUUUUAAUUCUUAUUAUGGUGUCAUUACUACGAUGUACAAUAUAUCAAAUCUGAUAAUGAAUUUAUUUUAUUUUCAAUUCACAUUUUGCACAAUAAAUCUACCACUCCCAGAUCCAAAGCGUACAACAAACUUUGCACCAUAAUAAUUUCUUUCGUCCAAUUGAGAAUUUAUAUUUAAAAUUUACCACUGCCAAUCUUAACUUAAACCGAUCAUAUCUUAACUAAUUAUGCCUUAGAAUCGACUAGGAGCAAAUUUGAUAACGGUUGGUUCAUAUUGACUUGCAACUGCUAGUCUCAACCAAACUAUCUUCAACUUCCUUUUUAAAUAUAAUCGUAGUAUGGCGGUAUCAUAAUUAUUUUCAAUAAAACAAUUAUCCUGGACAAAAUGUGGUGUCUACAAUUUGGUUAUUACGAUGAGCUAUUUUUCUGCCACCAAUAAGAAUUUCCCUCAAAAGAUGUCAUUUUAUUAUUUUCCAAUGUAUCGCUUUAAGAACUUAAUCAAUUCACAUUAAUCUUACCCGGUGCAUAGCGCGGCCUUGCGGUACUAGUAUGUAAUGGGGUGUAUAACUUAUUGUUGUAUAGUUUUUUUUGGGAAACACGUGAUAAAAAUAGUGAAUUUUAGUAGGAAAGAGACAUGAAUGAUGUAACGAAUCAAAAACCAGCCUUAUGAACCAAAAUCAAGUACCUGUUACCUUGUGAAACAAUAUUGUUUCUGGUAUUAUGAUGAGGUGGAGUAAGUUUUAUAGAAACCGAAUUCCAGAAAUUCGAAUAAAAAAUCGUUUAUUCCGCCAGUUUUCGAGAAAUGAGCAUCUCACAAUCGUUGCUAGCUUUUACUCGGCCCGUUGGCCGAUUAAUUUGCUUUAUAAAACUUUCAUCUGGUCAUCAUUGUGCUUUCUGGUUUUUUGCCAAACCAUGAUAAAAUCUAAAGAAAUCAAGAAUGAACAACACGAUUUGGGAUAGGAACCACCGUUCCUGUAUCCCUAGAAAAUGGUGGUAAACACGGACUCACCUGCCAAACUGGUUUGGAUUGAGAUUUCUAUCGAGUAUUAGAGAACCAUGUGAUUAUAAGUUAGACUUGAUCAAAAAGGGACAAAACUUGAAAUUCAGCCUGUUUGACCGACUCAUGCCAAACUCUAAUUAUUCUUUACUUUACAACUUUCUAUUUGAAAAUAAAAAAUAAUGAAAUAAAAUAGAUGACUACAAUUCGCCAUUUUCACAUCACUGAUUCAGGAAUAAAACUAUAGAAUUUCGAAAGGAAACUGAAAAUGUUGGGGUCGUUUUAAUGUUAAAAAUAACCAAAUUGAUCUUUAUGUUUAGUUUUUUACUAACAAAUACCAAACGAUUCUCUAUAAUAUACACUAUAACUUAAUCAUUAUGAUAUCAAAUAAUUACAUAAUAUAUAUUUGAAAUUAUAAAAAUUGGACAAAUUGGAUUGGUCGAGGUUGAACCAAUAAAUAACUUUAAAAUACAUUAUAUUUUAGCCACUAAGAUAGAAAAUAAUAGCAUAAUAUAUAUUAUGCUAGAGAAAAUAGCUUGUUUUACAAUGGCAAACCCAUGAUGUUUAUUUGUUUCACUUGAUGGGCAAUUCUAGUGUAGGUCAGGCCCAUUCAACUAUUUUAUUUUAUGAUUAGCGGUUAGCCCAUUAGAAUCCAUGCAUUAGUGUAUUGUUCAUUUUUUUCUUUUUAGCAAUAAAAAGGAGUAUUGUUUUUGCCUUCUCAUAUAUAUUUUACCACCACAGAGAAAUAAAAGGACUUAAAGAAAAAAAUUGACACUCCUGGACCCGUUUAAAUCUGCGUGUGUACGGUAAGUUGGCCCGUUCCACAGAGGUAAAAGAAAAAUAUUGACACUCCUUAUUCUACCAUUUCUACAAACGCUCCUGGAGCAGAGGAUUUGAAAUGGGGGAGGAUUUUUUCUCUCUGCGAUUAUAUAUUUUUAAUUUAAAAAGAUACAACAAAUGUACUUAUUGUGAUUGAUUAUGAUCUUUGCUUUUCUUUAAAGUGGUCAUGGUUCGAAUCCUAGUAAGUGUCUUUUUAAUGAAUAAAAGAAAGUAAUUGUGAAGACCAAAAACACUUAUUAAUGAAUAAAAGAAAGUAAUUGUGAAGAUCAAAAUGUCUUUCCUACGUUCACUCUAGAUGCAGAAAAUUUGAAUUGAGGCUUCAAGUUUUCUCAUUUGGCUUUUAUGUAUUGUGUAGAUUUGCGGUUGCAUGCAUCUGUAUAUGGGUUUGGAUUCUCUGUUUCUUGAUUUGGGAGUACUUAAAUGUGGAGUUGGAUUGUUGGGGUUCUUCUUCGCCCCUGUUGUUGCUGGAGUUGAAUUUGGAGUUCCUUGACCUUUGCCACUGUUCGAGGAGAAGAAUAAGAUGGAGAAGGAAGAGAUUUUGAUUCAUGUCUCUGCUGCUCCUUCCCCUAUUUGUUGCAUACUUUAGCUGUGGAUUUUUUUUAAUCAAAUUUUGUGCUAGUUUUAUAUUUUUUUGGGUUGGUGUUGGUUUGGUGCUGAGUUGUAGCUCAAUUGUUUUGAUUGUUUUGGGCUUUGCUUGGUUUGUUCAAUCCUCCUCCAUUAAUAUAUGGUAGAGUUUUGUGUACUUUUCCCUAUUUCAAAUUUCCUGCAAUGAGAGUGAAAGUAGGAAGGUCAUUUUUGUCUUUACACAUUUAUUAUUUAUUUCAUAUAAAAAUAGCAAUAUCAAGAUUUGAACUUGGGUCUCUUCAAACAAAGAUAACAAUUACAACCAGUUACACUAAACAAAUUUAUUGCAUCCUUUUUGAUACAAAACAUAGACAAAGUUAAUCUCUGAAAAUCAGAGGACUUUUUCAUCAUAAUUAGCAAGCUCACUAAGUCUACCGUAUGUAUUUUUAUCGAGCUUGAUACUUCUAUUGUUAUAGUAGAGUUUCACGUAAUUUUCUCAAUUUUAAAUUCCCGCUCUAUCCUUAAUUUUUUCUAAAGGUAAAUGGGUAAUUGGCUAACAUGGAAGAAACUAAUUAUGUAACUACGUGUUGUAUCCUUGCAUUUUUCAAUUUAAAUUUAAAUUUUGUGAUUUUUUAUCUUUGUUCUUUUCUCUUUCUAACUUCCUCCGAAAUUUCAUCCUUCGUGCAAUAUUUUGCGCCUUUCACUUCCCAGUAUAAGACUGUCAUUGAAAAUCAAUCUUCAGGUAUCUCUUGGCACUACGGUUUUAUUGUUGGGGAUUUUAAGCUGGGCGAGUAGAAGAUUUCAACUCCGAUAUCAAUCCUUGGUGAAUAGAAUGGAGUUCAUCAAUAACUGGAGUUGUAGAAGGAGGAUUAGAAAUUGAAUUUUUGGUAGAAUAUAUGCCUCUUGAGAUAGAAAUUUGGUUGUACAACGGAGAGUGGUGGCUAUUGGAUCUUUAGGUUUAUGGUUUUUACAAUUGUCACAACCUAUUUCUAUCUUAAAACGAGGAAUCAUUGAUUGAUUGUUUGAAAUAGGUCGCUUUUUUAUUCAACCUACUGGAACUAAUAGAUAAUGAGUGUCUAAUUUUGCGCCUUAUUACUUUGAUCGAGUCUAUUCGUAUAUUGGAGAUAACCCUGAUUUUUUCUUUUGCUCUCAAGUUGUGAUGGUCUCCUCUUAGCUGAGUUUUUAGUAUAUAGAUGACUUGAAUCAACAACUCUCCAUUUCUUUUUGAUUUGUGACAUAUUGUUUCUAAAAGAGAGCAUUGAACCCUUUAUAUAGGAUUGUGAGGUUUAAGAUUUAGUUUCAAACUAUCUAUGAGUCAUGUGAGAAUUUCAGUGAGCUUUUAUACUCUAUAUUUCUUGACUGUAAAAUAAAACUAACCAAUAGCAUUUUAACAGGGACUUAAUUAGCAUUAUGAAAUGGGGUCAAUGAUACAUUUUUCUAUUUUAUAUUCUUAAAUGAUUAUGAUAUUUCUCCGAAUGUUCGACCUAUAUAUUAUUUCUUUAUGUAUCAUCUCGAUUGAAUGAUUAUCAAUAAGAUUAAACGGGUUAAUAGACUUAAAAGUAACAAAAAAUACAAAUAAUCAAAUAUGAGCAUUCCGGCCAAAGAGCCGAGUUAUAAGCUAGUGGUAAAUAGAAUAUGAACAAGAACGACAGAUGGAGGUUCCAAAAGUGAGGGUUUAUUUGUCAUUUUGCCUUUUUAUUAUAGAAUAACCAAGGUUGUCAGCCCGCGGAUCGAUCCAGGUUGGUCCAGACUCUGCAUUAAAAAUGGGCUAUAUCAACCCAAUUCAAUAACACCCUGGAACAGGUAAAACCCGCUGGAACCCGGUCAAAUCCGGUGAAACUUGGGCGGUUAGCCCGUCCGAUCGGGUCACCGGGCUAAAGUUGCUGCUAGCCGUUUCAACCUAUGCGGCGUCAUUUGCUGGGGAGGAAGCGAGAAGCAAAGCACGAAAGAAGAAACCCUUAUCGGAUACUUCCUCCUUCCAUUCUCGCGGUCUCCAACUCUCGUCCCGCUGUCUCCACCUCCCGCAUCCGCGCCAUGGUAAAGGAAACCGGAUCGUACCGGCCGGUUGAACCGGUAAAACCGGAAACCGGCGCCUGGCCGAUACGGUAGCUGGUUUGUAGUGAAAGAGUCGUUCCGGCCGGUUUUUCCGGUAAAAUCGGUUCAAUUUAAAAAACCGGGCGGUUUUGGUCUAACCUGAGGUAAGCUGAUGGGAAGGAGUAAAAAUCUCACGCAUCCUUUCUUGAAACUCAUUUGAGAAUUGAGAUACCAAAGACGCACCUCGCCAUUCACCAAUCUCUCUCUCGCUCCAUCAAUUCUUCGAGCUCCCUCUCUCUCUCUCUCUCUCUCUCUCUCUCUCUCUGGCUUUAGCGAAUCAUCUCCGACCUCUAUCUUGCUCCGACGGAAUCCAUCGGCGAAUCUCCGACCUCCCUCCCUGGCUGCGGGAAAACCAGCAGGCGAUUCUCCGACCUCUCUCCCACUCCAGCGGAAUCAGUAGGCUGUUCUCCGAUUUUAUGAUAAGGUUAUCCCUCUCUUCGGAAUGAAGAAGUAAUUGUGCUUUGGUGUUUUUUUUUUUAGUUCGCUCUCCCAAGUACUAGUGAAAUUGAGCUCGCUCUCCUACUACUUAAGGUUUCUUGUGUGGUUUUUUGUGCUUUGGAUUUCUAUCGCUUGCAAUUACGUUUGUGUAUGGUAGAUCAAUUGAUGGUCCUGGUGCUUUGUGUUUGCAUGGUGUGAUUGUGAAGUUGUGUUUCAAUUGAUUGGAUGUUUCAAUUUAGCAAGUUGAUCGGUUGUGGUUGUAUGUACUGACUAUGCUGGUUUUGGCAACUUGCUGAAUGCAAUCCUAGAUCCAAUCUUGAUAUUCCUUUGCAAUUUUGGCAUAGGGGGGCUACAGUUGCUACUGUGAUAACUGGUAGCCCAUAAAUAACAGUUUUGUGCAGCUAUUAGUCCAAUCUUUAUAUUCCUUUGCAAUCUAUUCUGAUUGUGUUUCUGGUUCUCUGCAGACUCAGAUAAACAACAGUUCACCGUGAAGCAUGUGCAGCUAUGGAAGGUAGCAUAUCAUAUCACAUCACCUAAAUGGACUCACAACUACUAUCUUGCGGCCAUCUCUGUCCAUUAUGCCAAGUAAUUCAGCUUACCUCUUUGUUGUUAUUUUCGCUACUACAUGGAUGAACAACUUGCUGUAAUUCUCUAUUGCUACCUCCUCGUUACUUCUUUUUAAGAGGGUUCUUUGCUAAAUUUUUGUGUAGGCACAAAAUAUGAAAUACUGUAAGCUAACUCCAUCUCCUGAAAUAGUGUUUAGCCAAUAACAGAGAAAGGAAUUCACAACAGCAGGUAAGCAUUUUGUUUAAUGGUUUCAUCUUUGGGUUUUCUUUUUCAUUUCUCCCUCUCUGCUUUGCCCACCCUUCCGCUCUCUAGAAGGCCAGCUUCAACUGGUGAAGUGCAUUACAUCAGAUGCACAGCUAAAAGGAAGUCUAGCCUUUGUCUCACUGGUUUUAUUUGAUCAUAGUGAAGUUUGAUCACAAGCAAAUUAGUAGUCGAACUUGUAGAUUUUGAAGAAACCAGUCACUGAAAUAGAUGUGUGAAAUAACGAUUAUAAGUUUUUUUGUUUCAAUGUUCUUUUUUUGUUUCAAAUUAGUCACUAAAGUAGAUGGUUUAAGAAUGUUGUUUGGUUGUUUUGUACUCAAUUGUAAACAUGCAUUUGAACGAUUAUGAAGUUAAUUCAGUAAUGUUACAGUUUGUUGAAUUUUAUAUUAAAUAUGCUUAUUUAGUUUAUUCAGGUUUGUUAUCCGGUAUAUUCCGGUAUUAUUCCGAAACGGUAUCCCAAAUCUGCCGGUACGGUUUUUUAACAAAAAAAUAUUAUUUAAUUACAAAAACGGUAUAUUGUCGGUACACAACGAUUGAACCACGAUAGUACCAAAAAAUAUCCUACCAUUGGCAGAGCCGGUAUGACUUCCGGUACGGUUUCCUUUACCAUGAUCUGCGCCGCUCUCCCUUCAUCGGCAGCGUGCUCGUUCUCCCGUUCCGUUGUCUCCACUUCUCGCAGCUGCGCUCGUUCUCCCUUCCCAUGCCGCCGGCUCUAGGUCGCCGACUUCGGUCCCUCUUUGCAUCUAGUCAUCCUCCACCUUCCAGCUCCCGCCCCACUCUGUCUCCAGCUUCGCAUUCUCCGGCGAGCUUAUAGAUUGCUACAUCUCCGGAAAGGUAAUAUCCGAAUAGUCAAAAGUCACCGGGGUUUCCCAGUUACUCGAUAAUCCCUACUUUGUUUAAAUUUAGAUAGAUUAGGAUAAUUGGAUACUUUGAACCAGCUGUGUUCUAGGCUCAAUUUAGAUAGAUUUGGUUUUUUAUAUAUUGUCACCAAGACUAGGUGAAAAUGGUUUUGUUUUAUGUUUUGUUGAGCUCCAAAGUAAUGUAUACUGUUGUUACUUGUUAGUAAUCAUUUGUAAUUUUGGAUUGUUUAUGCGUUGGAGUAGAAAUAUUGUUGCAUUUUUUCUAUAUUAGAUUUAGGAUAAAUACACUAGAAUUACUUUUUUCAUAUUUCUGGGCUAAACUGGGCUAAACCGGACUUAAAAACAGGUGACACAUUAACUCACUAGCUCGUCCGGGUCCGAUCGACCCACGGAUUGACAACUUUGAGAAUAACUCGUACCAAAUACUUCACCAACCAAACAUGAUAUUUAAAAUCAAAUAUCACAUCAAUACCACACAAAUACUACAGUCCUAAAAAGUCAGUUUAUUAAACAACAAAAAGCAAAACCAUACAAAUAGAACAGAGGCAAAUAGGUGGAGACAAAGAGCCCGACGCCAACCUGCCUGCUAAAAGUGAGUUAUUUCACUUUAGAAAUACCGCAUCAACAAAAAAACCCAUCCAAACCGCCAUAACAAAACCGCCAUCAACACUCCUUAGGCCGGAAAGAAUUCUAAAGUCCUACGACACAUUUCUCUUUUUGAUUCUUUUUGGUUAGUCUAGUGUUGUCUUGUUUAGCUAUGUUUGUAAGUAACACAGUACAUCAAGCGGCUCUUUGUUCAAUUUCUAACUCUCUAAAACUCUUAUACACAUACCAGCUUUUAUACCACCCUUUCGCAAUCAUUUUUGGUUUGGUUUGAAGGUUUUCGGGUUGCAAAAACUACCUUUUCUUGUUGUGACAUUUCCCUUUUUGAUUCUUUUUGGCCAGUCAGUGUUGGCUAGGGUUGUGUAGUUUUUUAAGUAACACAGUACAUGCAGCGGCUCUUGGUUUCAUAUAAAUAUAUACACCAGCUCAACUCCAAAAAAAAAAAAAAAAAAAAAAAAAAAAAGCAAGAGACAUACAAAAUGGCCGUGUUAUCAGUGUUAUUCUUCCUCACAAUUCUGAUCACUAGGGUUUCCUCCGCCGCUGAAAAUGAUCAAUUACCAGGUGUGUGCCCUUCUCCCUGCGCUUACUUCUGCGGCCCGGGGGCUGACCUCGACAACAAGCGCAUGCAGGACGGCAUAUUGGAGCUGGCUACGCAGCAACUAGGGUGUAGAACUACCAUUUCUUCAAACAAGAUACCCAUCUACAUGUAUUCCUACUGUCGAAAUGGCGACUUGAAGACUGAGGAAUGCAGAUCCUGUUUGGGACAAGCGGCUAAGGUUAUCGUAGACUACUGCAAGGACAAGCCUGGAGGUCAGUACACGAUGUUGGGGGGAAAUUGUUGUGUUAGGUACGAGUUCUACGAUUUCUGCAUGUGAUGAUCUUCACAAAUUGAUGAGAUUAGUCACGAUGAUUAUGCAGUACUGAUGUUUCGAGCAGUAAUUCAGUACUCGUGAUGAUAAUUAACUCAUCCAUAUAAGUUUUUAAGGUUUAUGAUGUAUUUUCUGAUUAUUAACUGUUGCUUAAUGAAGGGCUUUACCUAAG